CAAGAAUGGCAGCUCCUUCUGCCACCGCGGCCGCUCUCCACUGCAAUGGCAUCCUCAUCGCGAUCGUGCAGUGCAUUGCGUCGUCCUGCGAAGUCGUGGCCUUUCUGGACGUGCUGCCACACUCGGUACUCGGCAAGCCGCUUCGCGCCUUGCAUGCGCUGCUCUCGCGACCUGGCCCGUCCCUCUACGAAUGGCCCAAGCCAAGCUUCCUCGGGCUCGUCGGCGACGAAGAGGCGCUUCUUCACGCCGCCUUGCACGUCUACGAGGCCAUCGGCGUCUAUAACGUGCAUGGGUUUGGCCCCAAGUUCGCGACGGUGUACGACACGGCGCCCUUCUGCGCCUUUGCUUCGACUUGGGCCCACAAGAUUACGUUAAUGGACAUGUCAAUUAGCACCGAGCCCUUGGACGAGGCGGUCUGCCACGCACUGCGUCAGUGCACGCGUCUCCGCGAGGUCUGGCUCGAUGUCUCGCCCAUGACGACAUUGCUGUUUCAAGCGGUCACGACACCCGCGCAUCGCGUCCGCAAGAUGCACGUUCAGUCGUUUCGAGACGAAGCAUUCGACUGGACACCUCUUUUGACGUCGUGGCUGGCUACCGGGCAUGCAAACCACCUCAGUGUGUCUGAAAUCACGCCACCAAACGACGACCUCGCCCGCGCGAUCGCAUCGACGUUGUCGCUGCGCGGCCACGAGCUCUACGGCUGUGACGACUUUGUGCAGCAGCUCUUUUCCCUAGGUCAGCCGCUGCGCCACCUCACCCACGUCCGUCUCCAAACCGACGUGCCAGCCCACAUCGCGACGCUGCUGCAACGCGUCGACGUGCGUCGGCUCGAGUCGCUCAUGCUCGCGAGCCGCGUGCCGCUGGAUCCGCUGGUGCAGUAUUUGCAUGCCGCACCGCUCUUGGAAGAGCUCGACUUGUGUCGCUGCUCGCUGACGACGACCAACGAACACGUCGUGGGCACGUGGCCGCGGCUUCGCAUCGCUCGCUUUGACGAUGUGGGUUUUCGUGCCGACGUGUUUAAAGACGUCUUGGUCCACCUCUCGACCUCGGACCGCCUCGAGCACGUGUCCUUUACGGACUGCCACAUCGUCCGCACCGAGAUGGCAGCAAUGAGUGCUGAGCUCCGCGUCUGGAUUGAAAAUGGGCUUCGGAGCUUGACGCUGCGUGGCAAUAUCCUCGACGACGCAUGCGUCGCGCUCAUCGCGCAAGUCCUCGGCGAGACCGAGAACACCGCGCCACUGACGCAGGAGCUGACGGAAAAUGACUACACUAUCAGCUGCGUCUGGGGCAUGCUCGCGGCACUCGCCAAUAGUACGUGCGUCAACGUCGUCAUGGACUUGGAAGAAGACAUUUCGGAGCGGGACAUGGAUAUGAUCGCCAAGGUUGCUGCCUCGUAUGGCAUCAAGGCCGUUCUCACGGAAUGCCAUCUCGAGAUGUACAGCUCGUUUGCAAUUGCAUGA